AUGCUAAAUUUAAAGAAACAUUCUGAAUAAGAUAUGGAUUCUCUAAUUGAAUCUAUGCUUAGAUUGAUUGAAUACAUGAAUAAUAACCCUUCUAUAAAGCGUUAAAUUUUUUAAUCAUUCAAUUAAGAGGACUUAUAGAAAAUAUUGAAGAAUAUGAAUGAAAAAAAAAAUAUAUUUCUUCGUCAAAUUUCUUGUAUAUUUUUAUGCGUUGUACUUCAAAAUGAAGAAAAUUGUUAAGAUUUUAUGAAACUUUGUGAUUUACUUCCAAUAAAUUCAAAGAUUGCUUUAAAUGGUAUUCCUGAAAAAAUGAGUUAGUACAUAAGUAGUGAUUUGUUAUAAAAAUUGAAUUAAGUUUAGCCUUCUUAAAAUAGUUUAUGUUGGUUCUAUACGUAAUAAAUGGCAAAAGAUAAACUACCAAACUUAGCAUAUUUUUAAUUAAAUAUAAAUGAAUUGAAAAAGUCAAUUAAUGAUUUUAUUGAUCCAUAAGAAUGUAUGAUUGGAACUACAUAUAGGAAAAUACUUAUUAAAACUUUUCAGAUAGAAUUAUAAAGUUAAAGUAAUAGAAUUGAACAUCAUCAUAAAAUGAGCAUAUCUCCUGUUAGCAAACAAAUGGCUUCUCUAAUAUUGCCAUUAAAAGAAAUUAAUAAUCCAAAAUAUUAUUAACGAUAUGUAGCUUAAUCUAUUAAUCAGCAUUAAUUUAAGGAUUUACUUUCUAAUACUGCUAGAGCAGACACUUCUUUUGAAAAAAAAUAACCAAGAUCUGAAAUUCUUAAAAAUAGAUUCUAAUGUUGA